AUGAGAAGCAGCCGCAAAGGGGGGAAAGAAGGGGAUUCCAGCCUUCCAGUGGAAAACGCUGGAGAGAAGGUGGCAGUUUUGGGGUUGAUCACAUACGAUUCCAGAAUUGGAGUUUUGGGGUACAAAGUACUUUUGGUCCUUGAAGAUGAAACAGACGAGAUCAAUGCUCUAAUUAUUGGGAAAUCAGGUGAAAAAGUUUUUGGCAUGCCUUGUAAAUAUUUGGUUUUUAAUCAAAGAUCAGCAGACCAAAAACAAUUGCCAAGUGAGUUUCUUAGGCUUAUAGAAAGAAAAAAAUUGUCCACCUUCAAUUUUGGAAGUAGGAGAUAUUCGUUGAACUCAAAUGAUUUUCUCAUCUACAACGUUUCUGAGGACCUGAACAUUAAGCCAGUAACUCCACAAUCUCUGGCCAGAGAAGUUACAGUCUCUUCUACAACAGUUUUAUCUUUCACUACACCUGUUGACACAACCGGCGAAUCGCAUAAAAGAAAGAGAGAUGAAGCAGAAGAAAUAUCUGAAACAAAUAUACAAGAUGUUAAUCAGAAGGAGCCCCCAGCAACACUAGGGAAGAGCAACAAGAAGCAUGUAAUUGAACAACUACUUAUGCAGGAGACCUUCUCGAGGGAAGAAUGUGAUAGAUUAUUAAAGAUUAUUAAAUCGAGAGUCGUAGGUUUUACCAAUGCUGAAGGUGCAGAGAAUACAAGACCAGAUGUAGAGAGUCCUGUUAUGAAGGCAAAAAAAUGGUUGAGUGAGAAGAGAUUGGGAUCAACUUCAAAGCCAGUUUUGGAUCAUGGAACCCACACCUUGAGCGCUCUUAUGUUCCCACAAGGUGGUGAAGACGAAGGUGGUUCACCGGUGGAUGUGGCCAAAGUGUAUAUGCGGGCACGUCCUCCAUGGGCAUCUCCUUCUAUUAAGCAUGGAGAACUGAGAUCUCCGUCAUCAAUAGGGAUGCAACUUUUCAAUGAAGAAACCCCAUAUUCAACUGGUGGCAAUUCUGUGUCUACAUCCAAGCUGAAAAGGGAUGCCCCUGCUACAGGGUCCUGGAAUAUUCAGGAGGAAAUACGAAGAGUGCGAUCUAAGGCAACAGAAGAACUGCUGAGGUCCCUACCUUCUACAAGAAUUGAUUGGUCCACAUCUGCUUUAGAAAAAAGAAGUGUCUUGGGUUCUUUUCCGGGUGGCCAACGAGAAGAUGAUGUGGGAGAUAAACUUCACAAUUCUAAAAAUGCCGUAGGUUCGAAUUUGAACUUGUCCUUAGGAAUAACUGCGUCCAAUGGCUCCAACGUUUCGGAGAAGACACAAUAUGGAUUGCAGAAAGAAGAUUUGCCACUUCCGGAUUCAGAUGCCGCUUCUAUGGGUGGCAAGGGUGAUGCUUCUUGUUCUCAGAAUGCCUUAGAAGAGAUGUUAAGCUCUGGACAACAACUCGAGGCAUCUGAAGAUAUCAAGACUGCUCCCAGUGAUGCUGGUGCUGGUGAUUUUGAUGGACAUAAGCACACUAAUGGGUCUGAACAACAAAAUUCAGUGGUCGGAGGAACCAUACAAGUUUCAGAUUCAAAAUUACACGAUGUAACGUGCUUGACAACAGAAGCAACUGCAUCAAGAAGUGCUUAUACCACAAAUGGUUUCCGUUCUUCAGUAGCUGAUUUGUCUGCACAGUUGGGCACAGAAGAAAACUCCAUGCUCAAUGGGGAAAGUAAUCCAGUCAGUUUAAAUGAUAACCGUGAGUUUUUGAAUGAACCUACUGGCGAGGUCACCAACAAAAACAGAAACGAUAUUGGUGCCACAAAGGAAAACGAUGGCGCACAUUUGAAUGUAGCUACUUUUGAGGUCCACGAACUGAUUGAAAAUUAUAUUGAUGUCACGAAGGACAAUGAUUUCGUUGCCAGUGGCUCCCAAAACAGCUCUAGUAUGCCCAAUGAGUUAUCACAGGAGCUGACCCAGCCAAGCCCGGUAGCCAAGACUGACGUUGUUGAGAAGCAGAAGGGAAAGAGACCAACUAGAUCCAACAGGAGAGGCAGGUCGCGGGGCAAAUGACACAGAAUUGUGGUUUCUGUACCUUACAGUGUAAUUUAUUGUAUACUAACUUAUGUAAUUUGGCAAAUGUGUUUCGUUUUGUUGGGAUUCCAUGUCAACAGGAACAGGGUAGGAAUUACCGUCAGGUAUUUACACCACGGGUCUCUGUCCACGUUUAGCUAGACUUAAAAUGUUGUAGAGAAUGUUCCUAAUUGAUUGGAAUUGUGAAAACCGCCUGUUUGAGUGUGUGCACAAUGUGUUGUAAGUUGUAACAGCUCUCCAAAUUUUCUCAUGUUGAGUGAACCUUGCAUUUGCAUGGCUCACUAAUUGUAAUGAUUUUGUUCCUCCUUGUAGGCAAUUUUAUAGUGGCUGAUA